GAUGGCACUUCCUGGUUUUCACUUCCUGAUUCACCUGUGCAGGUGAACAACAGUUGAUCAAUGGUCGUGUCUCAGGUUUUUAAAUUUACGAUGAAGAAUCAGAAGAAUCUGAAAUAAGGAUGAAUGAUCACAUGAAGACUCAGCUGGUGAGUGCCAUCCAUCUGCAGGAGGUGGAACUGCAGGAGAAACCUCCAGAGGACCAGCAGGGUACAAAGAUCUGCAGCGAUGCAGAUCAGACAUUCACGGUUGAAGAUGCUGUUGAAACCAUCGGCUUUGGUCGUUUCCACAUCCUCCUCUUCCUCAUCAUGGGGAGCGCAAGUAUUUUGGAGGCGAUGGAGAUCAUGCUGUUAGCCAUCGUUUCUCCUGAGAUUCGUUGUGAGUGGCGUCUGGAAGACUGGCAGGUGGCGCUCGUCUCUACUAUGGUGUUUCUUGGUUUCAUGGUUUGUGGCGUACUCAGUGGAUACGUCGCCGACAGAUACGGACGCUGGAAGGUGGUGGUUGGAGGCUUCGUGUGGAGCGCCUACUUCUCCCUCCUCACCUCCUUCGCUCCGUCGUAUGGUUGGUUCAUUUUCCUGCGCAGCAUGGUCGGCUGUGGCGUUGCAGGAGUGUCGCAGGGGUUCGUGUUGAAGACGGAGUUUAUUCCAGCGAAGUAUCGAGCGUACCUGCUGCCUCUGGCCUCCAUCUUCUGGAUGAUGGGCUCCAUGCUCAUCAUCAUCCUGGGGAUGUUGUUGGUUCCGACUCUGGGCUGGAGGUGGAUGAUCAGAAUCUCUGUGGCUCCGAGUAUCAUCCUCAUCUUCCUCUUCAAGUUAGUACCAGAAUCAGCUCGUUACAACGUGUCGGCAGGAAACGUCCAGGCCGCCGUUAAAACUCUGCAGUGGAUCGCCAAAAUGAACCGUGUAUCACUUCCCCCAGGACGGCUUGUCGAGGCGGCUGAGGAAGAACGAGGUAGUUGGAGGAUUCUGGUUAGUUCUACUUUCAGGAGAACGUCUUUACUGCUGUGGUAUUCUUGGUUUGUGGCAUCCUUCGCGUACUAUGGUUCGGUGCUGAGCAGUUCGGAGCUGUUGGAAAAAAACUUAUUGUGUGUGAGGGACGCUGACCGGGAACAUCAGGUCAAACACCGCCAGGAGGACGGACUGUGUUACUGCAUCCCCUUUGUAUUCAGUGACUACCAGACUCUGCUCAUCAGCUGCUUGGGAGAGGUUGCAUUGGUCCCGUUAAACAUCUGUCUGCUGAAUGUGUUAGGACGGAGGAAGACUCUGACGGUGUUGCAGCUGCUGGCGGCCAUUUUGUUCAUGAUGGUCAACAUCUGCACCACCAUGUUUGGCUUCACAGUGCUGCUGUUCCUGUUGCGUUCUCUGGUCUCUAUGAACUUUAAUGUGAUUUACAUCUACACGGCUGAGGUGUAUCCGACUGUGGCUCGGUCUCUGGGGAUGGGUUUCUGUACGUCGUUCAGUCGAAUUGGAGGAAUGAUCGCGCCGUUUAUGGCUCAGGUGUUGAUGUCUCAGUCGGUGAUUCUGGCACUCACUCCGUUUGCUGUGACUUGUGUCAUCUGUGCUGUUGGAAACUUUCUGCUGCCCUUUGAAACUAAAGGACGAGCUCUGCUGCAAAGCUCUUGAUGACGUCCAAGCGAAACGUCUGUUACUGUUUGUAAUAUUAUUGUAAAGAAAUUGAAUGUCACUGAGCUUAAGUGUUUUUAUUUUAAAUUAAAUGAAUUUAUUAAUUUAUUAAUAAAAUCAGGAUCAUUAGAGAAACGCUGCUGUUUCAGCUUCAGAUCAAAUAUUUUAUUCAAAUGCUUGUUAAAAACAUUUUACAUGACAUAAAUGGGUUAGGGUUAGGGGGUGUGUUAAAUAGGAUCAUUAACAGUUAGGUUUUGGUUUAUUGGAAUCAUAUAAUUUAAUAGCAAAUACUUGUAUUAAAGUAUAUUCUCAGUUCUUAUUUGAACUAAUUGUUGUUACAGAACUUUAUACAUAU